AUGUGCCGAUUUUGUUGUUCGUGUCCCAAAAUUUGUCUUCUUCUAAGAGGAGGUGCCGAAAAUUCGGAUGAUGAUGAUGAUCAAAUCACUAAAGGUGUCGCCGAUGAAUUGGCCAUGCCAGAAGAUGCUUGCUUAGGUGAUAGUACGUGCUUUUUCCCUUACCUGUCUGAUGAAUCGUUUGAUUCCAUCACUGGUGGCGCUGAUUCGUCGGAUCUGCUGUCCAAACUGAUAUUAUCCACGCUCCUUCUGUUUAUUAUUUUACCCUUAAUUGCAAUUGUUAUUUGGAAGUUGGCUCAGCGUUUGCGGUACAAAGUACCCUUCCAGCAAGAACACAAAGUUACUCGUUUCCGUUUCCGAAAUCGAGAUAAAAUCCGCUACUAUGCUAUCCGUUUGAGCCGCAAUUUUAAUGCAAUCGCUUCCAAAUCCCGCGAUGAACAGCGAAAACUAAUUAUCGGUUAUGUCAAAAGGCUCUUCAGUGGCGAUUCGGAGGGUCGCAAUCCUCUAUUGAAGCAACGCAACCUACCCGAGUCCUUCUUUGAGCCGGAAUCAGGAGAUGAAUCCGGUGACAUGCCCGAGGACCUAAAGUUAAUGGUUAACCACGUUCGAAUGCUCUCCUACCUCGGUCGUGAUGUUGUCCAAGCCCUGUCCAGUGUCAUUAGUACCAUUGAUUUGCGCCCCAAAAGUCAUCUUUUUCGUGACGGAGAUCCUGAGGAUAAGAUAUACGUUGUCAAAAGUGGUCGUUUGGACCUAAAAGUCACUGACACGGAUGGUUCCUCGACAGUGAUCCACGAGGUUACAGCGGGAGGGAAUCCCUAUAGCCUUCUAGCGAUUGUGGACGCGAUGAACAACAACAAACCGAGGUACCACAACAUUGAAGCGGUGGCUGUGAUACGCAGUAAGGUUGUCUGUCUAGCGAUUUCGGAUCUGAUCAAAGUUUGUCGGGACUAUCCACCAGCAAACCUUCGACUCGCACAGAUGACCAUCAUUCGUCUUCAUCGCGUCACAUUCGCAGCUCUGCACAAUUUUUUUGGUCUGGACAAGGAGCUCUUCUCUCAGGAACGGCAAACAUUCCUCAAAGACUCAGCUGUUGAGUCGUUUCUAAAGCGUCUUGAUGAAAGGAGCAAAAAUGCAUCAAACAGCGACUCCCGUGCACACAAACGAUGCAAGUCCAAGACGGCCAGGUUAAUGCCCGAGGGCUCGGUCACAGCCAACCAUUUGGUCCCAACUCGGAAGUCAAUAGCGAAACAUCCUUCCACCGCUGCGAAAACUGCAGAGACAGGACCAGCAGUGAUAGUUCAAGGAACCGGAAGUCUUGAUGAGGUGGGGCCUCUCGUCUCCACCUCGUCUGUUUCCAAGCUUCUUGAACUCGGUGAGGUGGCGGACAACGCGUCGAAUUGCGCCGCACCCUCUACCCCCGCAACUGCCGCCAAAGAGCAGGUGGAAUUAAUAUAUGCGGCACAGGAGGACCUUGCACGCCUCUUUGGCAUUUCUGAGGGCGCCACGGCCUUUGGAAAGAACAUGAUCAGCGUAGUAGAAGUCAAUCCCGGCGAGCUGAUCUCUAAGGAGACGGAACCUCAACUGGCACUCUACUACAUACUCUCGGGAGGAUUUGUGAUCACGCAGCUCUCCACUGGAGUGACGAAAUCGGUGCCAGUGCUGCGCUGUACGCCCGGCGAAUUGAUUGGUUUGAUGUGCGUGAUCACGGGGGAGGCGAACAACUGCAGCGCACAGGCCUCCGUUGCUUCACGGGUGGCGGUGCUAUCUCGGGACGACUUCUUCCGGCUGGUGCGUUCUUAUCCACAGGUCCUUAUCAAUGCUGCAAAUCUCGUGAGUCUGCGACUGUCACGUCUCCUUCGACUGGCCGAUUUCGCAGUUGAGUGGCAUGGAGUAGAUGCGGGCAAGGCACUCUAUAAACAAGGCGACAGCUCGAACUACGUUUAUGUUGUGCUAAAUGGCCGUUUUCGAGAGGUUCACACGAAUUCCGAUGGCAGUCGCAAUGUGAUUACUGAAUCUGGUCGUGGUGCUUUUCUGGGCUAUGUGGAGGUCACUAGCGCUAAACCUCGCAUGAACACAGUUCUUGCCAUCCGCGACUCAGAGGUAGUAAAGGUGCCCUCCAUCCUGCUAAACUGGUUGAAGCGCCUUACUCCGCAUCCUGUGAGUCGAUUCAUCCAACUCCUCUCCGACCGACUGAUGCAACCUACUGUCUACGGUAUCUUGGAGGGAGGUCAAACCUCCUCCUUCGGUCCCUUCGUAGCUGGAUCGUACACCGAAGGUGCUAGCGGCGGUGUUCCGCAACAGUCACAUCUCAACGCCGCCGGCAGUGGAGGUGCCAUGACGAAUCUGCGCGCCAUUGCGAUUCUAGCUACUUCACCGGAUAUCAACACAGAGGCCUUCACGCUUGAGUUGCAACACGCAAUGUCAGUCUUCGGCUCAUCGGUUCGACUCACCUCCGACAUAGUGAAAAAGCGCCUCGGCGAGAAUGCCUUAGAAUCCAUCAAUGACUACCGCCUCUGCUCAUGGCUCAGUCACCAAGAGGAUGUCCAUCGAAUGGUCUUCUACAUCGCUGACAGUCAUUGCAGUCCCUCUGCAUGGACCCGGCGUUGCCUGCGACAAGCCGACUGCGUUGUCCUCCUCGCUCUUGCCUCUGCUGAUGAUCCCACGAAGCUCUCGCCCAUUGAACAGGCGAUGAGUUGCCUCACCACCAAGGUGACAAAGAUCCUUGUUCUCCUCUAUCCCCUAGAGACCGAGUACCCGCCUGCGAAACGCACCGCGGCUUGGCUUAAUACCCGACCCUGGGUUACACAACACUACCACAUCCGUUGUCCUCCCCGUGUGCUCAAUCCCACAGUGAAGGACCUCAUUGCAUUUUACAGUCAAGUUUUCCUUUUGGAAGAGCCGAAUCAACACUCAGAUAUGUCACGACUAGCGAGAUAUCUCACUGGACAGGCAGUGGGACUGGUGCUUGGUGGGGGAGGAGCUAAAGGCGCUGCCCAUGUGGGAGUCAUUCGUGUGCUCCAGGAGGCAGGAAUCCCAAUCGACAUGGUCGGUGGGACAAGUAUUGGGGCGCUGAUAGGCGCGAUGUGGUCCGAGGAGACACGAGUGGCGCAGCUAUCCCAACGCUCGCGCGACUUUGCUCGUGUCUUCAAGUCCAUUUGGCCCAAACUGCGGGACAUCACGUAUCCCACUGUUUCUCUCUUUUCUGGCUACGAGUUCAAUUCUCACAUAGAGUCCAUCUUCAAGGAUCGCCAAAUUGAGGAUUUGUGGGUGCCUUACUUCUGUGUUACUACGGAUAUCAGUAACUGUAAGAUGCGAGUCCAUACAAGCGGCUGGCUGUGGCGAUAUGUGCGCUCGAGCAUGACCUACCCUCUGCUCUUGCCGCCUCUCUGCGACCCCUCUGAUGGCCACUACCUCAUCGACGGCGUCUUCGUCAAUAUCCUUCCAGGUAGCCCCCUCUUGCAUGCUGCUGUCUCUCAAUCUGAGCAUUUUUCGUUUUUCCCCUCCCCUUUGAUUCGCUUCAUACCUGCUGCCACAUCGAUCUAUCCAUCCAUGCAUCCGCAAAUGCAAUCAGGCUCACUAUGGCGCUACGUGCGAGCCAGUAUGUCUCUGUCGGGCUACAUGCCGCCGCUGUGUGAUCCGGUGGAUGGCAGCUACCUCCUUGAUGGAGGCUACGUCAACAAUGUGCCCGCCGACGUCAUGGUUUCAUUUGGUGCAAAGACAGUCUAUGCCGUGGAUGUGGGCUCCGUCUAUGACACCAAUCUGACAAACUAUGGCGAUUGGCUCUCGGGCUGGUGGCUCAUCUAUCAACGCUUCUUUCGUUGGUGGGGUCCUCCCAUCAGGGUACCUAACUUCACAGAGAUUCAAUCGCGCCUAGCCUACAUCUCCUGCAUUCGCCAGUUGGAGGAAGUCAAGGCGAGUGGUAUUUGUCACUACCUCCGUCCUCCAAUCGAUCGUUUCAUGACCCUCCAAUUCGCAGCCUUCGAAGAGAUUAUGUCGGUGGGCUACAAGUACGCUAAGGAGACACUAGCUAUGUGGCAGGAGACCGGCGCCUAUCAGCAGAUGAUCCCUGCGCUCUACAAGCGUGCUCGCUCCGGCAGCAGCAGCAGUGGUAUAAGUAGCACCCAUCGCAAGACGCGCUCCAUCUCCAUUGGUGUGACGGCUGCUGGAUCCAAUUCUGGCACUGCAGCAACGGUCGAUGACAAUGCCGAGCGGAACUCGUCUCGAGAUGAUUCGGGCGUCUUUGAAACUCCCAUCAAACGUCGACUUGGCAGCAUGGAAAACGUCUCUCCCAAGGAUUCAACGUCUGGCGAGACCCGUACCCGUCCCGACUUUGAUGGGGAAUGGUGCAAGACCUGGCUUCGCCUCCAUCCCGAGCGCAUUUCCCACCUCGCCAUGGGUUCUACGGCCUUCGACAAGCCUGACGACGCUAAAGUUCUCUCGAUGGCUGAACAAUGGCUUUAUGCACCGACCGCGAGAUUUAAAGAUAAGCGUCAGCAACUGCAUCAGCGUUACCGGCAGCACCAGCAGCAGCUUGUGUCCACGAAACUCCAUGUUGGUCAUCCAUUCGGCGCUGACUUGGUCAAGUCGGCGACACUCGAUGGUGUGAUGAAACCUCAUUAUCAUCACUCGCCUAAAGACACUCCUCCUUCUCCCUUUCCUUCCGGCUCUGAUGCUGAGAAUCGGCGCGAGGCCGGCGGCGGUGGUCGUAGUCACAGUCGCCACAGUAAUCGCGUCGGUGGGACUAGCUUUGAUGACGAUUUUCUCGUCACUGCAUCCGACCCUGAGCUUUCCUCCCUCCGAUUCACCUCAGAGGGCCGGUUGCCAGCCUCACCGAUGGUUCUGCCGUCGCAGUCAGCGCCACAGUCAUCGUCGGAUAGUAGAGCAAGAUGGGCGAGCGUCCCGGCGAUGGUGCAGGUAGAAAGGGCAGAAAAUGUGGAGGAGGAAGAGGUCGGAGGUGAGGAUGCGGAUCCGGUGGUGGCUGUGGUUAAAGCCCAUCGACAUCGCCCGCAUCGGAGGGGCUCUCUCAAUAAGGUUCUCUGGGAGCCUCUGUUUCCCUACUCCGCCUCAGAGGAGCAGCUGAGCUCAUCGGGCCCUCGGACUAAACUUGAAGCGGAUCAACUGCCUAGCACCAGGACAACGCCAUUUCCGAGGUUUGAUGAAGCGGAAAAUUACCGCCAAAUUGGUGAACUUCAGCUGCGACGAGCGGGCGUCUGA